UUUCCGUCCUUCCUGCGUUUCCGUUGAUCCUUUUGAGACUCCCCUGUUACUCCGACGAACCCACGAACCCCUUUCCACUUCAACUUCCUGGAUUCUUGCUGGGCUGGAGUGGGCCAAGACAGAAUUGGGCUUUUCUCUCUACAGUCGAAGAUAAUACCCUUACAAAAGUCCGACCAUGCGAGGCAAUUAAGUUGUACAGGGCUGUUCAUUGCGAUGGUCUGUUGUUGUAUGUCAUGGAAAACCAGCUUUUGGUUAGGAACCCCUUACUGAAGGAAACGACUUGGAUCAAAUGCGGUAGUGACUUUCACCAACGUGAUGAUGCCUACAGCCUUGGAUACCUCAGCCAUUGUGAUUUCAGGAUCUUAAGGUUUCGGUGUGCUAGUAAUUCGAGAAAUAGACCUUCAAGAGUCGAGGUCUGUGAAGUUGCAUCCAAGACAUGGAAGGUUAUAGAUAACAUCAGUUUUGAUUGGUUCCUUAGUGUGCCAUUGUCGAUCCUAUCUUUGAGAGGAACUCCUUAUUGUAUAGGCCUUCGAGAAGAUCAUACAGCCUUUGUACAAAGCUAUGAUUUUUCCGGUGAAAGGUUUCAGCCCAUAGAUGACCUGCCAUUCAGCUAUGAUGAGAUGAAUCCUAUUGCACUAGAGAUUUAUAAAGGAGAUAGGCUUUCGGUGUUGGAGCAAUGUCACAAAACAAGGAAGAUAUGCAUAUGGGUGAAGCAUUGGCUUAUGCUUACUUCUUGGACCAAAUUGGUGGUCGUGGACAUACCAGAAUUUCCGCUUUUAUAUCCACGUCCCAGCCUCAUUAAUUUCUACGAAUUAUUAUUUCGACAAAAACGAUAGACUCGUCAUAACUUGUAAUGACACUGGCAUGAAGGGACUAUCUAUUAUCAGAGUCAUCAACGAGAGGGAGUUCCUAGUAACUAAAGCUAAUGCAACGGAAACUCGUUUUGCGUUUUUAUGCAGCUACGUUCCUAGCUUUGUUAGGCUUUCAGGGUUUUCGAAGCAAGACACAGGUCGGAUUCGCUGGAGAAAACGUAGAUUCAACUAGAUUUAUUGUCUAUAAAUAUAUGUGAAUAAGACAUAGAUUUAUAGAUUUUGAUGUGUGAAGUUGAUUAUGGUUACCCACAAUAUCUAUUGUCUAUAAAUAUAUGUGAAUAAGAAGUGUACGUCUAUUAAUACAACUAAGAAAAGGUUUAGCAUAAAUGUUUCUGAGUUUUUUUCAUAAGAAAAACAGAUACUAAGGAAUAUAAAAUCUGAAAUCCCAAACACUGAG